AUGACGAGCAUUGCUCAUUCCUGCCCAGCAUCAAUUCACAUUGGCCUUGGCAAACAAUCGCUUCACCUGGAUACUCAAAUUGUUCAAGAAACCUCAAAUUCACUAUUUGAUCGUGCCAAUAGCAGUUCGGGUCGGGUUCCGGGCAGCUCAACCUCCCGGCCCAUUCGCCGUCCACGCUCACGAAAAACAUCGGGUUCCAGGCCGAGAUCCACGGUGCCUACACCAUCCGAACUCCUUGAAGAUUGCUAUCCUCUUCGCUUUGGGGACGGUGCACGUCGAGGACGGCUUCAACGUUUCUUACAAUCGUCCCACUACGUCAACAACACCCUCGAAGACUCCGACGUUCUUCUUGGAUUCUUCGAGAAGGAGGAUGGGAUGCUACGUUGUACCGUCUUUGGGUGUGAUGAGGAUUUUGAUCGGCCCGAAAUCACUUCAGGACCCAUGUCAAUCAUCGCCCAUACCCUUGCUUGGGAUGUGAUAAUCCCAACUGCACCCAGCGGUUCUACAGCAAGGGUAAUCAGACCGCACAUCAAGUGCGCCACUACGCGCUAUGUCCACGGUGCCACAAUGACUCUGCCAUCCAACCCCCUCAAAGUUGGCGUACUGGGAGCGACUGGGACCGUCGGACAGCGCUUUAUUCUACUCCUUUCGACCCAUCCAUUCUUUCAAGUUCAUGCACUUGGGGCAUCGGCGAGAUCAGCAGGCCUCCCAUACAAGCAGGCCGUGCGGUGGAAACAAGUGCAGCCCAUCCCAGAAGCUGUACGCGACUUGGUCGUCAAAAACUGCGUAGCGGAGGAGUUUGCCGAUUGUGCCAUCGUGUUUUCGGGCCUCGAUGCCGACGUAGCAGGGGACAUUGAGCAGGCUUUCAGGGCCGCUGAACUCGCUGUAUUCUCCAAUGCGAAGAACUUUCGACGCGAUCCGACGGUGCCACUCAUCGUUCCUUUGGUUAACACCUCGCAUCUCUCGAUGAUACCCUAUCAGCGCUCCCAAUUAUCACUCCAGAAGGGAUUCAUUGUCACCAAUGCAAAUUGCUCGACGACGGGUCUCGUUAUCCCGUUGGCUGCGCUGGAAAAGGCAUUUGGCCCUAUCGAUACGUGCCUGGUCACCACAAUGCAAGCUAUCUCCGGAGCUGGAUAUCCAGGCGUACCGUCAUUCGACAUCUUUGACAACAUCGUACCGCAUAUUGGUGGCGAAGAGGAGAAGAUAGAAUGGGAGGCAGCCAAGAUCCUCGGUGGGAUCUCCGACAAUGGCCAGUCAUUUGAUCUCCGAGAGAAGACUCCGAUCAAUGUGUCGGCAAACUGCAACCGAGUGCCUGUGCUCGAAGGGCAUACGGAAUGCGUUUCUGUACGCUUCGCCAGGCGACCUCCACCUACUGUCGAAGAGGCAAUACAGGCAAUGAGAAGCUUCACUUGCGAAGCACAAACAGCGGGCUGCCCCUCUGCUCCUCGUGAAGUCAUCUUCGUUCAUGAAGAGGUCGACCGGCCACAACCACGACUAGAUCGCGACUUUCAAAAGGGCGCUGGUGUCAACGUCGGACGUAUACGACCAUGCCCAGUACUAGACCUCAAGUUUGUCGUGCUCUCGAACAACGUGGCCAUUGGUGCAGCGACGAGUAGCAUCAUCAACGCGGAAUACGCAGUUUUGACAGGUGUUGUCGCUAGCUGA